GAAGGGGAGGUGCGAGCCUCGAGUGACGGUGUCCCCAGCUCCGCCCGGACCCCCCAAGCCCGCGUGGAGGCCGAAGAGGCCCCCAUCGGCCUGCGGGACGCGGCGUGGGCCCCGCAGCGGCCGGGCUCUGUCCAGCGCCGGGCCCGUGGCGCAGCGCCCACCCGACCGCGAGUCUGGCGCGCGAGCUUUUCGGUUGGAGACAUCCACACUUGCCGGCGGCCGCCUCUGGGCCCCGCGCGGGAUGUGUGCCUGCCUGGUUGUCAGACCUGCAGCGUCCUGCGGGGCGGGGCGUGGACUGAGAGCUCUCGGAGAAACAGGCCUCACCUGGGUCAGCUCGAUGGGCCCGGUGCGCUGCAGUUCCUGCCUGUACCAAUUUCAGCUAUUAACGGAGACUUGCUCUCUAAUAAAACGCGAGCCACGGAGAUCCGUGUUUGCCAAAGGAAUGGAUUCUGACAAAGGACAGCGAGAUUCCCACCACAAAUGUCACAUCUGUACCCUUGGAGAGCACGAGUGAGCGCAGGAUUUCUAGGAGAAAAACAAGCAGAUCCUGGUACUGGGCCUGGAUGGAGCGGGGAAAACCAGUGUGCUCCACUCUCUGGCUUCAAACAGAAUCCAGCACAGCAGGGCACCCACUGAGGGCUUCAAUGAAGUCUGCAUCAACACGGAAGACAGCCAAAUGGAGUUCCUGGAGAUUGGCGGCAGCGAGCCUUUCCGUUCUCACUGGGAAGCGUACCUGCCCAGGGGAUUGCUACUGAUCUUCGUGGUGGACUCAGCAGAUCACGAACGGCUACCGGAAGCCAAGAAAUACCUUCACCAGCUCAUCGAAGCAAACCCGAUUCUUCCUCUGGUAGUGUUUGCAAACAAGCAGGAUCUGGAGGAAGCCUAUCACAUCACAGACAUCCACGAGGCCUUGGCGCUCUCCGAGGUGGGGAACGACAGAAAGCUGUUCUUGUUUGGGACCCAGGUGACGGAGGACGGCUCAGAGAUACCCUCCAGCAUGCAGGACGCCAAAGACCUGAUUGCCCAGCUGGCUGCAGACGCGCAGUGACCGGCCCCGAGCCUUGUGUCACCCCAGAGUGUUGAGAGUGGCAGGCUCAGAGCCAGAGGUUUCCACUGUGAAAUAAAACAUGAGCCUUUUCCUGGUUUCUCAGUGCAUGGCACACGCACCGAGAUUAACGUUAACUUAUUGAAAGCUUCCCUUUAUUUAGAUUUUGAACAUUAGUAUUUAUAAAACGAUGUAUUUUGUGGGGGGGAAUGGGAUUUUUAAUCAACAAGAGUGAAAUGAACAUUAGCAAGCCUUCAUCCCAUUGGUGGUUUUUAUCAAUGAUGUGAAAUUCAUAUGAAAAUAUUUUAAUAAACGUUCUCUUUCAAG